AUGAAACCAAAAGUUCUUGUCGUCGCCCAUGGUGUUCGCUCUUUGUCACCUUCGCUUUCAGAACAGAUCGAUGCAAACUACCACAUUAUCAACUAUGACUGCGACAACACUGAUGAAUGUAAACGAAGAAUGAUGCCAGGUGGGCUGUACUCCGAAAUCGACGCCAUCGUGGAGACCGGAUGGAAGAAGAGCGCACCCUUUCUGAAUCACAAUCUGUUCAGUGGCGACAUGGUACAAGCAUACCCUUCAAGUGUAAAAAUAGUGUCUUGUUCUGGACACGGAUACGAUGCAGCGGAUAUACCUACCCUUACUGCGCGUGGUGUAUGGUACUGCAACACACCAGAUACAUGCACGACUUCGGUAGCCAACACAGCUAUUUUCCUGAUCCUUAAUGUUCAUCGCUACUUCGGUUUCGCAGAGCAUUGCGUGCGCAUUGAUGCAUGGUCGGCUUCAAGGGCCCUUGGCUCUGUCGCUAUAGAUCCAAUUGGACAGACUUUGGGCGUUGUCGGUCUAGGAUCUAUUGGUCUUGCGACUGCACAAAAAGCCGCUACUGCACUCGAGAUGAGAGUGCAUUAUUAUGGUCCACGACGCAAGCCUGACGCCGAAGCUAAGAUCCCUGGAGGAGCAGUAUGGCAUACUAGCUUGUCAAGCCUGUUGCAAGUCGCGGACUGCAUAUGCCUUGCCUGUCCUCUUACGAAGGAGACGCAUCACCUGAUGGGGACUGCCGAGUUUGCGGCUGCAAAACAAGGAUUGCGGGUGGUGAAUGUGGCGAGAGGACAGCUUAUUGAUGAGGAAGCACUGAUCACAGCUAUGAUCACAGGAAAGGUGUGCGGUGUUGGACUUGACGUAUACGAGAAUGAGCCAGUGGUUGACGAGCGCUUGAAAAAUGAUCCGAUGGUGACGAUUCUCCCACACAUCGGGGUGUGCUCUCAGACAUGCUGGGGAGAGUUUGAGCGAAGGAAUUGGGAGAACAUUGAUGGUUUCUUUUUGUCGGCAAACAAGAAGCCUUUGACCCCUGUCAACGUUAUAGAAUGA